AAACUUUCCCAACACACUUUCACUCUCUUCUCAUAUUUUCUCACUCACCGGAACUCUCUUUCAACGCUUCUCGAACCUUCCGUUCCACGUCCAUGGCAGGUCGCGGCAAAACCCUAGGAUCCAGCGCCGCCAAGAAGGCGACCUCCCGGAGCAGCAAGGCCGGCCUCCAAUUCCCCGUCGGCCGCAUCGCCAGGUUCCUGAAGGCCGGAAAGUACGCCGAGCGCGUCGGCGCCGGCGCUCCCGUCUACCUCGCCGCCGUCCUCGAGUAUCUCGCCGCCGAGGUUUUGGAGUUGGCUGGAAACGCUGCGAGAGAUAACAAGAAGACGCGAAUUGUGCCUCGUCACAUUCAAUUGGCGGUGAGGAACGACGAGGAAUUGAGCAAGCUUCUCGGUGACGUCACAAUCGCUAAUGGCGGUGUGAUGCCGAAUAUUCACAAUCUCUUGCUGCCUAAGAAGGCUGGUGGAUCGUCGAAGGGUGCUACUGCUGACGACGACUCUUGAGUACGAUUUCGAUUUCACGAACUGCUACUGAAUUUGGAUAUGGAUGCUAAUCGUGAUUCUGAUUUAUCUCACUGUUUUGUUUUGUAGUUUAGUUAGGGUUUUUUCAGGUAGCGUUGUGAAUAGAAUGUUGGAAAUUUGAAUUACUGUUAUUAUUUUGUUGUUGUUGAUUUUCAAUAUUGAUGUAGCCUUCGAUCUCUGAUUGGUAUUUAUAAAAUGAGUUUCUUGCUGAUGGUGUCA